AUUUUAUGGCGGAAGAAAAUGAUGAUGGUGGACGUGGACUUGGGCAAAAGGAAGAAACUGAUAUUUUUUCUGAAAGACUAAUCCACGACUGAACCAAAGAGAAUUAGCUUCAAAGACUCCAUCUUCGAUUUCUCGAUAAUUCCAAAGAAAAGGGGGAAAAGAUGGAAAAAAUUCUGAGUUUUUUGUGUAUUUGAAAGGUGACGGAAGGCGUGCAGAUUCUGGUUUGAAGCAUCACGAUAGAAAAGCAGAAAAUGGGCAGAGAAGUAGAAGAAGAAGAGAAAUACUCGCCACCGCCGCUGCUAGAGCACAAGAAUCGGUCUCUGAGGAGUAAAGCGGCGCACUUUGUAUCUGAUCUUACCACCGUCAUCCUCAAUCCAAUCUCCGAUAAACCCUCCAAACGCAAACCUAGACCACCGCCGGUACCUGAAGAUGGAUCAGAUUCUGAGGGAAGUAAACUGGAGUUGGAUGAGGGGGAGCCUGGGGAUAUAGUUGACGGUCCUGAUACGUCCUCUUUUACUGCAUUCCUGUAUUCCCUACUAUCGAAUUCAGAGCCUGGGAGUCACUCUAGUUUGAAUGGGAACAAUGAGAAGCAAGGUGAUAAAGCUGAACCAUCUGAGCCACCGGUGAAGGAACCUAGCAGAAGGAGAAGUUUAAUCACGAGGGGCAAACAGACGAUAGGCAGGGCCGUUUACCAAGUUGCUAGAUUGGGUGGAUUCCGGAAUCAGGGAUCAAGCAAGGGAAACUCUGACAUGGGGAUUGAUGAUGGAAGUAAUUCCAAAGUUGAUAGACAUGAGGCAAUCCUUAAGCAAGAUAAGAAUGAGGAAGUGCCUUCAGGCAGUCUUCCCGAAACUUCUGAACCCUCGUUGCUUCUCUCAGAGAAGACACGAACGGCUCUUUACACUGCACUUCCCGCACUUGUUAAGGACCGGAAAUGGGUGAUGCUAUACAGUACAUGGAGGAAUGGCAUAUCACUUUCCACUUUGUACAGGAGAAGCAUGCUAUGGCCUGGCCUCAGUCUUCUGGUUGUAGGAGACCGUAAGGGUACUGUAUUUGGUGGGCUAGUUGAGGCACCUCUAAGGGCAACAACUAAGAGAAGAUAUCAGGGAACGAAUGCUUCAUUUGUUUUCACGAAUGUAUCAGGUCAUCCUACUAUAUUUCGUCCUACAGGCAUAAAUCGCUAUUAUACUAUGUGCUCCACAGAGUACAUAGCCUUGGGCGGUGGUGGUCAUUUUGCUCUCUACUUGGAUGGGGAUCUCCUGACCGGAUCAAGUGCAGCUUCACAAACCUAUGGAAACUCGUGCUUGUCAUGCAGUGAAGAUUUUGAAGUGAAGGAGGUUGAGUUAUGGGGUUUCGUAUAUGCUUCAAAGUACGAAGAGAUACUCUCAGUCCUGCGAACUGAGGCACCUGGAAUCUGCCGCUUUUGAACAUUGCUCUGGCAAGGCGUGCUGCAUUCCAGUUUCGCGUUUUCUCAAAUAACCUCAACCGGGUGCGUACGGUGCUCAUAGUUUCGGCCAAGUUUUUAACCACAAUGUAUAUAAUGAACAACUUUUGGGUUUGAAACUCUUUGAUCUUUGCCCAAUUCUUGCAAGAGAACCAAUUUUCUCAAUCUCAUGCCUUCUCUGCACUGUAUUAUGAUACAGAUGUUCUUCCCAGUGUAAAUUCCACACCUUCAUAAAUACAUAUUGUUAUUAAACAAGCAAAAGAUUUUUCAA